AAACAUAUAUGAAGCCGAACCCAACGUUGCAUCCUCGUCUCCUGCUUUCACUGCACGAUGGUCGAAGGGGCAACGCGUGUUGUCGACUCCUUUGCUCUUUCUUGGGUGGUUUAACUUGGAAUGUUCCUGGCUUGAAGCUGGAGCAGUCGGGAGUCCGUUCCAUUCGCCCAUUUAUACAUACGAAUGGCGUGCUUGUGGCCUGCGACAUCGGGGGUUGAGGUGCCUUCCUUGGGAUCAUGUCUUCCCUUUCCUUGUUCCAGAGAAUCGUCGUCAGAUGUGGCCUGACGAGCUGCCGUGCCAUGGAGAAACAGCCUGUUAAGAUAAUGGUCACCGGUGCUGCAGGACAAAUAGGCUAUGCUCUUGUGCCGAUGAUUGCUCGAGGUGUAAUGCUGGGCUCUGAUCAACCAGUGAUCCUGCACUUGCUUGAUAUUCCACCUGCUGCAGAGGCCUUGAACGGUGUUAAAAUGGAGUUAAUUGAUGCUGCGUUUCCUCUUCUCAAAGGCGUUGUUGCUACAACUAAUGUGGAGGAAGCUUGCGGUGGUGUCAACAUAGCUAUCAUGGUUGGUGGGUUUCGUAGGAAGGAGGGAACGGAGAGGAAAGACGUUAUGUCAAAGAAUGUCUCCAUCUACAAAGCUCAAGCGUCAGCUCUGGAACAGUAUGCAGCUGCAAAUUGCAAGGUUCUUGUUGUUGCCAACCCAGCUAACACCAAUGCUCUGAUCCUAAAAGACUUCGCUCCGUCCAUUCCAGCAAAGAACAUCACAUGCCUCACAAGGCUUGAUCAUAACCGAGCUCUUGGUGGGAUCGCACAGAGAUUGAACAUCCAUGUCAGUGAUGUGAAGAACGUCAUCAUCUGGGGAAACCAUUCUUCUACUCAAUAUCCUGAUGCCAGUCAUGCUACUGUCAUCACCCAGGCUGGAGAAAAAUCUGUCAAAGAACUUAUUGCUGAUGAUAAAUGGUUGCACGAUGAGUUCAUCGGCUUUGUGCAGCAGCGGGGCGCAGCCAUCAUCAAUGCCCGUAAGCUGUCGAGUGCAUUAUCUGCUGCCAGUGCAGCUUGUGAUCACAUCCAUGACUGGGUUCUUGGCACUCCCAAGGGCACCUGGACGUCGAUGGGUGUCUACUCCGAUGGAUCGUAUGGUGUUCCUCCCGGCCUCAUCUACUCCUUCCCUGUCACCUGCAACAAAGGAGAAUGGUCGAUCGUGCAGGCUCAGCUUGUUCAGAAACUGCAGGCCUGCGCAUCGAUGAGCCUUCACGAGCUGGAAUGGAUGCGACAGCGAAGGAGCUCAUUGAAGAGAAGACUUUGGCUUAUUCUUUCCUUGACUGAUCUCGUACGUUUGACUACUGAUACUGCUGCAAGAACUCAAUUCCAAAGUAUGACCUCAAUGUUAUCGAAUACAUUUUCUCAAACAAAUUGGUUUUAUGAGUAUAAUAAAUCUAAUUCUUUGAAUGAUCUAUCCAUUAUAAUAAAAGCAUCUCCUGUUGUCAGUAUUGGUGUCGAGCUUUUAUCGAAUGAUUCUGCAUCACCCUGAGAGGCCCAUAAUACUUAUUGGGUCAUAUAGGGCCGCUCCAAAGGCUCAACAAGUUUGCGGUCUCUCUUAGGUCACGUUGGUACCACGUGACACGCGGCCGGAGAAGUUACAGGGAGCGGCCUAUAUAACCGGUCCGCGGACAUCGAUCCCAAGAAGCGAAGCCAAGCGACGGUGAGGUUUCGCCGCGAGCGGUACGUGCCGGCCUCUUCUCCUCGACGACGCGACGCCAAGGAGGACAAGGAGCGGAGGAUCCUCUUCGUCGUCAGCCUCGAUUGCGACCGCCAGGUCUCUGGAUCUUUGCUCACCCUAUUUCAUGGUCGAUCCAUUUUUUGUGACUUUGGCGAUCGUCUUUCCUCCAUUGCAGCCACGCUAGGGUUGUUCUUCUUUCGCUGAUGACUACCAGUUAGACUGGUCUGUGUGUUGGCUCUUUCAAGAUUAUCGUAGUAGUCAUCGCUACACUUUCUUGCGUCGAUCUUUGGUUUUCUGGUGGAAGAGAGGUUGUCGAGGGAUCUCUAAGCAUCGUUGUUUGGAUGUCCUAAAGGGAUUGAGCUUUUGUACCCAAAAUGAUGGGUUAGGAGUGAGGAUAGAAAGGACGGAGUCGAUUACAUAUCAUAUACACAUGAAUUUGGGGUUAAGUCUAAGAUUAUUUAGAUGCUAGGCUAAGGUUUGAUAGUGCGUUGACACCAAUCUGGCUCUGUAGAGCUGACAAAGAUUUGCUAGGAAUCGACAGAGGUGACAGAAAACCAUGGAAAGAGAUCAAACAAUCUUAGUCAACUGCAGGGUAAUGACUACAUGGAUGAAGAUGGAAUAAGCACAGAAAAUGGAAAUAUAAAGGACUCUCAGAAUGAUUGAUAAACUUAGGAAAGUAGCAUUAUUCAUGCAUCGCAUAUUUGAACUUCAUUACUUCUAGUUGAUACUUGAUGAAAAUCCAGUUAUCAUCACAUAUAUUUGGCUUCUCUUUUCUAAUUGAAGGCCGACAUAUUUUCUAGAGGGUUCCUUAUCUAUCGUAGAGUGAUCAAUUGAUUGAAUCACAUGACAUCCUUGUGGGGUUUGCCGAGACCAUAAAAUAGAUAAAUCUACCCUCAAGUAAUGCUUUAGGCUAACAAUGGUUCAAUUGAUUGUUUCUGUUUUAUGAACGUGAUAGCUCAUAUUAUUCUUGUAAAUUCCUGCUGUGCUACCAAAUCUAAUUACAUGAAAAAAAUUUGGUUAUGAUUUUUCUUGUUUACUUGCCAUGGUAAUUUGAGGAUUAGCAAGCUUUGAUGGUAAAACCAUCUUACAAGUUCAAAUUGGAAGGGAUAUUUUGAACUAUGCUGCAGUUGCCCUUUUUUUUCUAUGAUUCAUAGGCCAAGUCUUUCAAGGUCACAAUGCAUCUUGAAUUUGUUUUCUUUUAACUAUUCUGCUUGCAUCGUCCAACUAGAUCUUGGUGCUAAUGCACUUAUUUAUCUAAAAGAAUGUCAAAAGUUAUGAUAAGAUGUCAUAGUUGUAAGCAACAUAUGAGUUCCCAAUCACUAGUCCACGUUCCUCAUUGCAGUAGGAUGCCCUUGUAUUUGUUGCAUCGCCAGCAGGGCUCCGCUUAAUGGUCUAAUAGAUUAAUUUGAUUGCCAACAGAGACCGACGAUGUCCUACAAACAUCGGAUGUUUACACUAAUUGUUGAACAGUAGCAGAACCCCCAAUGGAUAGUGGAAGGAGUUCCAAAUAAAAACUUAUAAUUGAAUUUGAUCAUGCUGUUACAGCUCUAUCAUUCGUAAAUUUUCUUGUAUAUAUUUCAUAAUAUUUGUUUAUUUUCUGGGAAUGUGAUAAAAAAAUAAUGUAGCACUACGUUGAACGGACUAAUUGCAUAUUACUCAUGUAAUUAGUUACCCUUAAUAUUUCGAUCCUUAUAUUUUAAAAAAUUAUAUUAUCAUCCCUAUAGUUACAAAAGUGAAACAUCUAGGUUUAUUUAUCCUAAUGUUAUCGAUUUUACCAACAAAAAUAUUAAAACAAAGAACAAAAAGAAAAUUUUAACGUUUCAGUCAAUGAUGUCGGACAACAAUAAGAGGUGAGGAUCAUUCUGUAUCUGUGUCAGUGUCGACGUAGUUGCUGAGCGAUGUUGCUCGGUGUCUACAUCGAUAAUCCUUUCGUCGCUCAGUAAUUGUGUCGAUGCCGACGUAGAUGCAGAGUGACAUCGCUCAAUAACUAUGUCGAUGCUAACACAAAUGUAAAGUGAUUCUCACCUCUCGUUGUCCUUCGUCUUCACCCAAAAAAAUGUUAAAAUUAUUCUUUUAUCUUUUGUUUUCGUUAGUAAAAUCAAUAACGUUAGAAUAAAUGAACUUACAAGUCUCACUUUCGUAAUUAUAGGGAUACCAAUAUAAUUUUUUAAAGUGUAAAUAUUAUAAUAGUAAAGAUAAUUAACUAUAGAAGAUAAUUUUUAAUUAGUAUUUGCAUUAAGCAAAGAUCAGUAUUACCGAGAGAUUUGCUAAAGGAUCGACUGCUCCUGCCAUAGCCGUUCCUUUAUGGAGCUGCUGCUGCCAUCGCAACAGCUUUUGAUCGAUAUACACCAACUUGCCUCGGUAAUAACUAGCAAAUUUUGACUUUGGUUUCUGUGCUUUGCUGUGACCAUUGUAAGAAGGCUCUUCUUUUCUUGUCUCCAGAUUCUAGUGCCUAGCAUUAAGGCUAUACCAUUACUCAAAGCUAAUGUGUUUCUGUCGGAUAAAUUCCCUCAAUUUUUUUCAUUUCUAGUCAAGAAAAGUUUAUGGGAUUUCCAUGGGCUAAAAGAUUGGAUCGUCUCAUUUGAAGUCUCACUAAACAUCACUAAAAGCUCAAUAUUUUGAUCUCCCUAACACGAACAAGCAGAAGAGGUACUGAUGGUGCUGAUUAUUUGACCACACACCAGUUUUUUUCCCAACCAAUAACCCUGUGUUAUUAUUUCUUUGAAAAUGACAUAUUCACUGAUUGGUGAUAGAACUGACUGACAUUUUCUUUUCUAUACACUAGAUAUCUUACUAGGUCUUUUGCCUAAUUUUUGUUGACUGCUACUGGGGAAUUGGAAAGAUUGGGGCAGUUUCUUUGGAAAAGAUCUUAUUUUGGGUUUUUCUCAAGCAACGUCCCCCUUUAGGUAAAGGUUUUUUCUAAGUAGUGUCCCUAAUUCAUAAACUAUCUGAAGUAUCUCUCACCAAAUAUUUCCAUCAAAUUUUUUCAUCAGUUUUUCAUCAAAUUUUGAGCUAUUACAGUGUUUCAUUUGACUUAUUUAUAGUGUUUUUCAAUAAUAUUUACAGUAUUUUUAAUAAGAUAUUAAAAAUUAUUAAAAAUAGUAUAAGUGAUAUCAUAUUAUAUUUCUUUCAUUAUCAUUACUGAUAUCAUAUUUUUGCAAUUAGACUUGUGAUUGGUUUGAUUGAUAUUAGGAGUCCAUUUGGAUCCAUUAUAAUAUUUUUGUUAUGAUGGUUAAAAUAUUAUAAUAAAUUAUUUUUUAUUUUUAUUUGGAUGAUGUUAUUUUUAAACUAUAUAAAUAUGCUUUUGAAUCCUAAUAUGUUAUAUCAAAUUGUUUGUAUAUUAUUUUGAUUUUAUUUAAUUUAUUUAUAAUGUUUUCAAAUAAAUUCAUAAUAUUUUUAUGACAAUAGCCAAAAUAUUAUAAUAGGUCAAAAUACUAUAACAAACAAGAAAAGUAUAGUCAAUUUUUUGAAUGACGGUUUGAAUAUUUUUUGAAUUAAGAGUAUUAUUUGAGAAAAAAACGAAAAGGAUAUUCUAUUUUAAAAACAAUCCAAAAUGAUAAUCUUUUCUAAAUAAAUCAUUCGGAAAACACAUGUUUUGUCUACUGCAAAAAUGAAGACAGUUGAAUAGAUGCAUCUUGCAGUUCCAGUAAUGAAGCUGAUGACCCCCAGGUUCUAUGUUCCUAGCCCAAACUACACCAUCAUUUUACUGCUUAGGUCAAACGACAGCAGAAAUAUAGUAUUGUUUGGAUUAUGAUACUGACCCAGACUGACAGUUCCAUCUUCCUAAGCCAUGUCUCUCACCAUACUUUUAUGUUCUUGAGAACCAAGUUGCUGUUGGUCAAACCAGAGUGUUAGAGAGAUAAAAGUCUCUAGAUAGAUCAUAUGUAGAUCCUCAUGUAUGUGUGACGAACGGACAUGCUGUAGGUGCUCACAACUGGUUCGCACAUGGCGGCGGACCGAAAGCAGUGUUCCGGAGAUGGUCCGAAAACUCUUUCAGAGCAAGACAUGACCAUAGUCUGCAGUGCUACGGUUUGCUUCUGCAGCACAUCUAUCUACUGUCUAAUGCCACUUGUACUACUGCUAUUUUCCAUCUUUGUACCGUAGCUUCGUUAUCCAAAUGUUGCAGGGUUUCAGAAAGGCGCUUCCGAGAAGUCACCGACUCGUGCUCGACGUGGUACAUUUGCAGAGUUACGCUGUCUAUACUACCCUCUACGUAAGCCAUAAUAGUAAGUUUUCAUAGACUACAUAAACCCUUGUUUAGAAUUAACUACCUUAAUUUACCACAACAGGACUCCCUAUUUUGGAUUAUUUACAUCCCCACAUACCCAUCAUCAUUUUUUUUUCUAAUAGAAAAAUAUCAGAUACCCUAUCCUCAACCAAAAUUGGCAGCCUUCAUUAUGACCAUAUCAUAUCAAUAUUCAAGAUUACACGUACAGGGCCGUAAAAUUAGGGCAGCAACUUGAACAGACAUUAGAAAGCUAAUGCUAACGUUUAGAAAGACAUAAGUGGACAAAGAACUGUCAGCUUAGGCAAGUUUCCAAGCCCGGACAUAUAGAAACUAGCAAAUGUUUUGCAAGAUGUAGCAUAAUGAGCAUUGACCUAAAGCUAAUUAGCUCACAAAAAAUAGUACAUAAAAAUUAAUCAAAUGGAAAAUUGCUUUGAGGUACUUGAGGUUUAGGGUUGAAACUUCAUACCACGUGUGUUCCUGCCAAGGAUUUCCAGAUCUCACUGCUCUCCUCGUCAUCCUCUUUUGACUUGCUCCUCCUCCCUGAAACAAUCUCGAAGGAGUCAGGCAUCUGCAUGAGGUCGAGCGUCACAUGGCCUCCAGCUCCCUGCAAACGACUCCAACCAUCAGCAUGCGGCGGCAUCGGCUGUGGCGUUGCUUGGUGCUGUAUAUGUGACCAGAAGACGGGCGGCUGCUGCUGCUUUACAGAGACCAUGGUGUGCCAUCCACUUCCAUCAGCGAGCAGCUGCCGGGCCAGCACGGCAGCGCGGUUCUCGGCUAUCAGCUCGUUGAGUGCGGCGCUUGAUCGGGAUGAGAAGUCGGAUGUCGCAAUCCAAGGAGAAGCCUUGGAUGACAGAAGAGAGAGAGCACAACCCGGGGAAGCAGACAGGUAUGGGGCCAUGCCUCCGAUGAUUGCGCUUUCUGCACACAGAUAUCUUUCCAAGUUUAAAAAAUCUUGGCACAGCAGGAUGUUAAGAUUAGGUUAAAAACAUUGCAUGAGAUUCCAGAGAAGAUACUGCACGUUUGCACAUGAUAAAACUCAAAUUUAGCUGGUU